AUGGGAACCGGAAGCACAGUUCAAUGCCCUGACCAGGAAAUGGCGGGUGUUGAGUUCAGAGCCAAAAUUUCUACAAAUGAAAAUCAUACCAAAGCCACAUCUAGCAUGGACGGGGAAACGUACAUCUCAGUCGCUGCACCACCAACUCCUCCCGACGAGGAUGAACUUCUCCUAGAGGUGGCCGCCCAGUGUCACUGUGCGUUGGAGGAUCUGGAGGACGUAUAUCCAUGCACGCCACUCCAGGAAGGGAUGAUGGCAACCACCGCGAAAGACCCGACCGCGUACACUGUGGAAUACGAGUUUCAACUUGCAUCAGGGAUCGAUACCAAGCGAUUGAAGGAGGCUUGGUAUCAGACUGCCCUAGCGAACCCGAUUUUGCGAACGCGAAUUGUCCCUACCCGCCAUCUCGGCGUGAUGCAGGCAGUGGUGAAUGUGACGAUUCCGUGGCAGGAGCAGGCCGACGACGACCUCCCCAACACUACGAGUAGUGUGGCCUGGAAAGCGGGCGCGUCGCUGGUCUACUUUGUCCAUCAUCUUACGAGUCAUACCUUGAGCAUGGUAAUCCAUCAUUCCAUCUGCGAUGACUGGUCCAUCGCACUGUUGCUGCGGCAAGUGGACGAAGCCUAUAGAAGCCGAGAGUUGGUCUACCGUCCAUUUAGACCAUUGGUUGAAUAUGUGCAGUCUACGCGUUCACGCGCCGAUGCUUUCUGGAGAGAUGAGUUCCGGGAUGCGCACAAGGAAUCUGUAGCAUCAUUUCCCCGUCUCCCCACGGCCGGGUAUAUUCCGCGGCCAACGCACAGAGUGGAGAAAACAUUCGACAUCCAACCGACCUUCCGCGCUAGGUUUACGAUCAACACUAAACUACGCCUAGCAUGGGCAGUGUUGCAGUCUCUGUAUACAAGCUCUGACGAUACGCUGUUUGGGAUCGUCAACGCUGGUCGCGGGGUGUCAGUGCCCGGAAUCCAGGGGCUGAGCGGGCCCGCCGUGGCCACUGUCCCAAUGCGCAUCCGAUUAUGUCAGAGGCGUACUGUGGCCGAGGCUCUCGCUGCUGUUCAGGGGCAAUGGGCGGCCAUGAUGGAGUUCGAACAGGUUGGGUUACAGAAUCUGCUUCAUCUGGGUCCUGGCCCUGAGGCCGCUUGUCAGUUUCAAACGUUGUUGUCCGUGGAACCACGUGAUGGCCAUGAGAUACCCCCUUUGUUUUCGAAACACCAAUCUGUGCAGAGGAACAACGACCUGUACGCCUUGGUUCUUCGAUGCCGGCCAUCUAGCCGGGCCAUCUUGAUUGAUGCAUCCUUCGAUCCGGGGGUGAUAGAUGUCGGCCAAACUAAGCGGAUUCUCUCUCAGCUGGCCCACAUCUACGUACAAAUCGAUGACGAAUCUGACCUGCCUCUCGCUGAGGUAGACCCCGUUAGCCCGGAGGAUCGAGAGGAGCUCGCCCACUGGAAUGUGUCUGAUACCACCCAAACUACUCCGCCGUGUGUGCAUGAGCUCAUCUGCCAACGGACCGAUCGACAGCCUCAAGCACCCGCGAUCAGCAGCUGGGAUGGUGAUAUUACAUAUCAGAGCUUUGACAAAUUAUCAUCUGCACUAACUGCUCAUCUGUUGCGUCACUCUGUAGGCCGUGGCACGUUUGUGCCUUUGUGUCUAGGAAAGUCGAAGUGGACGGCAGUGGCCAUGCUCGCAGUGAUGAGGAUCGGUGCAGCGUUUGUACUACUAGAUCCGUCCUAUCCAGUCUCUCGCUUGAAACGCAUGUGUGAAACACUCAGGGCCACUAUAAUCGUGACUUUGAAAGCUGAUGCCUCCGUGGCAUCCCAGCUAGGAGUGGCAACAAGUCUGAGCGUCGAUGACCUCAGUUUGGAACAAAACACCAAUGAGCCUGUCCCCAUACGAACAGUUUGCCCCUUCGAUCCCAUAUACGCCACAUUCACGUCUGGGUCUACCGGGAAUCCCAAGUGUGUGGUUGUUAAUCACGCUGGCUAUGCAUCCAGCGCCCUGGCUCACGGAGAGCCAUACAGCUUCACGCCUCAGUCACGUGUCUUGCAAUUCGCAUCGCCAGCCUUUGAUUCAUGCAUCAUUGAGCAUCUGUCCACCCUAAUUAUGGGAGGUUGCGUGUGCAUUCCUUCCGCUGGGGACUGUCAUAGCCGACUUGCGGAGUCGAUGAACCAAUACGCUGUGAACGUGGCCUGUCUGACACCGACCGUAACCCGAAUCCUAUCUCCAAGCCACUUAUCCACUCUCAAGGUCCUGGUGUUUGUUGGAGAGGCUGUAUCGGCGAAUGAUGUGGUCCGUUGGGAGUCACACGUUCAGGUCCGCAACGCAUACGGUCCUGCUGAAUGUUCAGCUGUCUUUAGUGUCCAGCCAAAUCUUCGCUCAAAGGACCCAGCUAAUAUCGGGUUUCCCACGGGAGGCGUGGGCUGGGUCGUUAAUCACGACGACCAUAGUCGUCUGAUGCCUCUAGGAUGCCCCGGGGAGCUGGUGAUUGAAGGGUUAGUUGUUGGGGACGGAUACCUUUCCAAUUCCAACCAAACAGCUAAGGUUUUCAUUGAUGCACCUCCUUGGCGGCGACAAUUUGGGGCUGAGGCAUCCCGCCAGUUAUAUAAAACCGGAGACCUGGUGCAGCAAAUCGGAGAUGGCAGCUUCCGAUACCUUGGGCGCAGGGAUACCCAAGUGAAGUUGCACGGGCAACGGUUAGAGCUGGCAGAUAUAGAGCACCACCUCUGUACCGCAUUCCCCCUGGCAGAACAGAUUGUCGUGGAGAUGAUGCGGUCAACCAUUGACGAUGGUCGCCCGGAGGCGCUUCUUGUUGCGUUUAUCUGUCCCCCUUCAUCCUCACCCUCCGAAGAGGCCAGGCAGGAGGAAGGCUUGUUCUUGCCACCGAGUGCCGAAUUUCGCACCGCAUGUGCCUUGGCCGAGUCUCAUUUAUCGGAUUCUUUGCCAUCUUUUAUGGUGCCAUCGGUCUUUUUCCCACUAUCCCACGUUCCUAUGACCCCCUCUGGGAAGACCAACCGACGCUACCUCCUGGAAGAGGCCGUGUUGUUGUCUUGGGAGAGCAUGCAGGAGUAUCGACUUGCACAGGCCAAGCCGCAGUCACCUUCAGGAGCGCGCGAAGCGCAGUUGCAGCAGAUUUGGUCACAGACGCUCAACCGACCGAUCGACCAGAUUGGGGUUAAUGAAAGCUUUUUCCGUCUUGGGGGUGACUCUGUCAGUGCCAUGCAGGUGGCUGCCAGCUGCCAGGCUGUUGGCCUUGACGUGAUGGUGUCUGACAUCUUUCGCUUCCCCAGCAUCAGCAAUCUGGCCCAGAGGAUUCAGGAAUCCAACAGCCCUCAAUCCAAAAGCAAGAGCUCGGAGGAAGACGCGACGGACAGCUGGUUUGGCCUAUCCCCUAUUCAGCAUCUUUUCUUCGAGCAUGUCCCAAAUGGGCACAACAGAUUCACGCAGGAAUUCCUGCUCCGUGUCACAAAGCCGACCUCUGCUUCCAAGAUUCAGAAAGCCAUUCAGGCGCUGGCAGCUCGGCAUGCAAUGAUCAGAGCUCGUUUUGCACAAAGUGAUGACGGUGACUGGAAGCAAAUCGUAGGAAAUGAGGCCGCCAAUAGCUUCCAGUAUCGUAAGCAUUGGCUUUCCUCUAUCGAUGAACAUGCAACGCUACAGAAUAUAUUCAGUGACAGCCAAAGCAGGCUGAACAUUGAAAGCGGGCCCAUGUUUGUCGUAGAUCUCAUCGAAACAGAGACGCGGGAGCAGUUUCUGGGGCUGAUGGCACAUCACCUGGUGAUCGAUCUGGUGUCCUGGCGUGUUUUGCUCCAGGACCUUGAAGAUAUUCUCACCACGGGCCAUCCUUUACAGCCUGCCUCUGUGUCAUUCCAACACUGGUGUCGCUUGCAACAAUCAUACGCAGAGGACUCUCUUGAACCUCAAACCGCCCUCUCGGUGGAUAUCCCUGCUGCCCCUCUUCACUACUGGGGGCCACCGGCCAAACUGGCCAACAACACAUGGGCAAACACGGUGGAGAAAUCCAUCAAAGUUUCUCAAGAAGUAACACAGUCGAUCCUUGGGGCUGCCAAUGACGCUUUCCAUACUCGCCCCGUGGAGAUCAUUCAAACUGCCGUCCUGUAUGCGUUUGUUCAGGCAUUCGACAACAGACCUGCGCCCACCAUUUUCAGUGAAGGUCACGGGCGGGAGCCAUGGGAUCCAACAAUUGACGUCUCUCGGACAGUCGGUUGGUUUACCACGAUAACACCCAUCUUUGUAAGAGCAAGGAAAGAGCAAGCCUUCACAGAGCUUCUCCAGCUUACCAAGCAUGGCCGCCGAGCUAUCCCGCGCAAUGGAUGGGCUUAUUUUGCCUCGCGGUAUCUCCACCCCGAAGGCAUGAAUUACUGCGCAGCUCAUUCGCCAAUGGAGAUACUAUUUAACUACACUGGCCUAUUUCAACAACUCGAACGACCUGAUGCGCUUCUCCAGUUGCAGGCCGUCCCCGACCAGGAACUGACUCCGAUGCCUGAGGACCUGUCGCGUUUUGCCCUCAUUAACGUAACUGCGACAGUCACGAACGGAUGCCUGAACAUUGCGUUUGUUUAUAACAAACACCUCAAGAACCAGGAUCGACUCCGUAAAUGGGUCCAAUCGUGUCAGCAAAUUUUGCAAGAAGUGCCUGAGUUGCUGCAGCAGGGACAGCGACUUACAGUCUCCGAUUUCCCGUUGCUACGGCAGACGACCGAUGACCAACUCCAGGUUUUAUUACACCAGAUCUCCCAUCAGUUUGGCCUGUCUGUAACCGAUAUCCAAGAUAUAUAUCCUUGCUCCCACACCCAGCUCGGCAUGUGGCUGAGCCACGCAAAAAACCCGAAAAUGUAUUGGCCCAGUAUGAGGUGGAUUGUGCGCCGUUCCUCCAGCAACUCUCAACCCAUUGACAUUUCGAGGCUCAAAGGGGCUUGGCAACGAGUUGUUGAUCGUCACCCCAUCCUGCGCACCGUCUUCAUUGAAAGCACGGGAGAUCGCAACCUGCAGGUCGUUUGCAAGUCGACACGCGCAAACAUUGAGGUUGCUUCACAAUGCGAGAUACAAUUCACAGACGGGGGCAUUCCGUCCCCUUCAUCCGAUAAGUCCGGCUUGAAGGAAAAGCAUUUAAACAAGGAAACUCAACCACCUCAUCAACUAAGCCUGACUACGCAACCUGACGGCGAUGUCUUCUUUGAACUGAGCAUUCACCACAUGCUGGUCGACGGUGUGACCUGGCAAAUAUUCCUGUCCGACUUCCACCGUGCGUAUCAUGGGCAGCUAGAGGAUGGACCAGCAUGUGCAUACAGCACAUACCUCCGAUAUCUGCAAGACUAUUCUCAAGCACCCUCGGAAAUACACUGGAAGCAGCAUUUGGAUAAUGUCGACCCAUGUAUUUUCCCCUCACUGGCGACCAAGAGCCGAGGAACGGAGCCAUCCACGUUGAAUUUGGUGCCCUUUAGCUUCAAUAUUGCUAAGCACCUACACCACUUUUGCCAAAACCAUGGUAUCACUAUCUCCAGCCUUUUACAGGUUGCAUGGGGCGUUGUUCUCCGCGUAUACACCGGGUCGGAGUCAGUGUGCUUUGGGUACUUGAAUUCUUGCCGCGAUAUCCCCGUGCCCAACGUAGACGAGUUGUCUGGGCCAUUGAUUAACCUGCUUAUCUGUCGAUUAUGUUUGACUGGGGAUGCAUCGGUGCUGGCCACACUAUCAGAAAACCAAGACGCACACGCUCGCAACCUCGAACACCAGCAUUGCUCUAUAGCGGAAGUCACGCAUUCCCUAAAUCUCGCAGGCCAGCCGCUAUUUAAUACCGCCAUGUCCCUGCAGAGGGAGGCUGUGGAUGUGAUGCCCAAUGAUUAUCCGUCGGAUAUUACACUGGAAGGACCGCUGGGGAUUGAUUCGACUGAGUACGAUCUAACAGUCAACAUAACACUCGGAAAUGAGAAUAUCUGUGGGGAUCUUACAUACUGGUCUCACAUUGUUACCGAUGCACAGGCAGAGUUGGUGUCCGACACCUUAUUCCAUGUCUUGUCGCAGCUCAUUGAUCCUUCGAAUUCCCGGCUGAGGCACAUAAAUCCGCUGGGUCCAAAGAGCCAGAGCCAGUUAUUUGAACUGAACCACACGAUGCCGCAGGCUAUCCAAAACUGCAUCCACACAGAAAUCCAGCAAUAUGGCCAGGCUCAUCCCACAGAUUCUGCAGUCAACGACACGAAUGGUAACAUGAAUUGCGAGGAGCUUGACCAGAGCUCAUCGCUUCUAGCCCAGCAUCUCGUGCAAAAUGGUGUUGGUCCCGAGGUCUUCGUGCCCGUGUGUUGUGAGAAGUCCCGAUGGGUCGUUGUGGCCAUCCUGGCAGUCCUGAAGGCCGGUGGCGCAUUCAUCCUGCUGGACCCGUCAUAUCCGGCAGAACGGUUACAGGGAAUGCUUCAGCAGGACUUCUCAUGUCCUGCUAUUCUCGCCUCCUCCAAUCAUGUGGGGUUGGCAGCCAGCAUCUUUCCGAACGUUCUUGAUAUAGAGAUCCAAAGCUCAAGAUGGGCUGCAGGUGUUGAGUUAGUGGAUCUACCGCCCACGUCCCCAAGGUCUGCAGCCUAUGCAGUGUUUACCUCUGGAUCUACUGGGAAGCCCAAGUCAACCGUCAUUGAACAUCAGUCAUUCCACUCCGCAGCAGAGGCUCAUUCCAAAGUUCUUCGACUCCAUGAAGGCUCUCGGGUACUUCAAUUCGCCUCAUAUGCAUUUGAUGCUAGUAUCGUGGAGAUCCUUACAACACUUCUCGUCGGUGGAUGUGUUUGCAUUGCCAGUGAAAGCGAGAGAAACCGCAGGCUGUCUGAAGUAAUUCAAGAUUUGCGAGUGACUUGGGCAUUACUCACGCCAUCCGUAGCCCGGAUCCUCGAUCCCACGCAGGUCCCCACUCUGGAAACCCUCGUUCUUGGUGGAGAGGGCAUGAGUGAAAGUGAUGUGCGUCGGUGGUCACCCCAUGUCCAUUUGAUGAAUGCGUAUGGUCCCUCUGAGUGCUCUGUCAUCGCCACAGCUCAAUCCUCUCCCCAUUGCCUUUCCAAGGAUCCAGCGAAUAUCGGAUUCCCGGUCGGAGGCCUCGCCUGGGUGGUUGAUCCCCAGGCACUGGAAAUUCCCGUGCCCAUCGGAGCAGUGGGGGAACUUCUCAUCGAGGGACCCAUUGUCGGCCGAGGGUAUGUGAAUCGACCAGAGCACAUGGCAGACAAUUUCCUCCCUUAUCCCCCAUGGCUGUGUCAAAUGCGUGGGACUCAACAUGGUAGACUUUAUAGAACGGGCGACAUGGCGCAAGUCUUGGCGGACGGAUCUAUCCAUUACCUUGGACGGAAGGACAGACAGGUCAAGUUGCACGGUCAGCGCAUUGAACUGGGUGAAAUCGAACAUCAGAUCCGACAGUGCUGGCCCGAACAAACUCCGCAGGUCUUCGCGGAUCUGGUCACCCCUCUGAGUUCUACCAACGCUUAUCUCGUUGCCUCAGUCAUAUCUCUCGUCGAAAACGUGAACGAUCGUUCGUUCGAGGCGGCCGCAGAGGAGGCCGAACUCCAGCUUCAAGACCGGGUCCCCAGUUUUCUCAUCCCGUAUGCAUUUCUGUCCAUCUCUCACGUCCCCCGAUUGCUCAGCGGGAAGAUCGAUCGACGCCGGCUGCGUGAUGAAGCGUCGCGCAGACUGGAGAUGCGCAUCAACCAGUCCGAGGGUAGUUCAAAGACGACACGGCAAAGAGAGCUCACGAAAGAUGAGCAGAGGCUGCAGCGGCUGUGGGCUCAAGUCCUCCAUCGUGAAUUGGAUACUAUUGGGCCUAAUGACACUUUCUUCCGCCUGGGCGGAGACUCGAUUCUGGUCAUGAAAUUGGUGUCCGUGGCUGACGCUCAGGGCCUCAAGAUUUCUGUCCCUGACGUUUUCCUACAUCCAAGAUUGAGAGAUCUCGCGCGACUUCAUUCCUCUCCCCAACAGAUAGAGCCACCAGCAACAGAUGAACAAGGGUCAAGUCAAGAAGAAGAAGCCGUGCCUCCGCUGUCGCUGCUUCCUCCGGGCCAGCGAGCUAGCGCUCAAACGGAUGCGAUGAGCCAAUGUGGUGUGCCCAUGGAGCAGAUUGAGGACAUCUUUCCUUGUACUGCAUUGCAAACUCGUCUGGUUGCGUUAGCCUCAGAGCGGCCGGGCUCCUAUAUUGCACAUCACCGAUUCAAGCUGGCUUCAAAUGUAAAUCUGCAGAGACUGAAGACCGCAUGGGAACGCGUAUCUGCUCGAAUCGGCAUGAUUCGCACUCGUCUUAUACAAACGGACUUAGGAUGUCUCCAGGUGAUUCUCCGUGACUGCAAACUGAGUUGGGAGGUAAGCGGAGGUGACCAGAGAGAUCAAAAGCUGCUCUGGGAUAUGCCAUUCGGCAAGCCCCUUAUCCGGUUCGAGGUGGAUAAAGUGCAAAGUCACAUUGAACUGAUAAUGACCGCACACCAUGCGGUGUACGACGCUUGGUCGUUGCCUCUCCUCCUCCAAUGGACACAGUUGGCGUACGAUAACCCCGAGUCGCCGAUGUUGCGCUGUGUUCCCUUCCAGAAAUUUAUCCAGUAUACCAUGAACCAAAAGGAAGAUUCCCUGCAGUACUGGGGCGCUGAACUUGAACACUUCUUUGCCGACCCAUUCCCCUCUAUUCCCUUCCCAUCAUAUCGACCGCAGGCUUCGAAAAAUAUCCAGCGCAUCAUUUGGACUGGGCCACUGAUGAAUGACCUGGUUAGUCGAACCACGGCAAUUCGACUAGCCUGGGCUCUAGUCCAAUCUCAAUAUCAGAGCAGUGACAAUGUUAUCUUUGGUGUCCUCUCUCCUGGUCGUUCGGUGCCAGUACGAGGCAUCGAGACAAUGGCUGGGCCCACGAUUGCCACGAUACCUCUGUCCGUUUCGAUCGAUGGCAAUGCGACAGUGUCAAAGGGACUUGUGGAUCUACAAAAACGGAUGGUAAAGCUCGGCCCAUACGAGCAAGUCGGAUUGUCACAGAUAGCUACGCUAGGCCCGGGGGCGUUACGAGCAUGUUCAUUCCAGACGCUCCUCAUUGAAAAGCGGAGUGAAGCCAAAGGUGAGCCGUCGGGCAUUAUGAAGCCCAUCGAAACCUCAUCCAAUGAUGUUGAGUCCAAUACGUACGCUUUGGAGUUGACCAUCACCUUGGGAACUGAUGAAGUCACCGUGGAGGCUGCAUUUGAUGAAGCAGUUCUAUCGGAAUGGCAAACUCAGCGGAUGUUGGAUCAAUUUAAUCACAUCCUACAGCGCGUCCAUCAAGAGCCCCAGCGUUUGGUGAGAGACAUUUUGACAGUAAACUCGCAUGAUCUCCAUGAGUUGAAGAAGUGGAAUAGUCAAAUCCCUAAGAAAAAGUCUCUAACGGUGAUCGAAGUCAUUCAAGGGCAUUGCGCUACCCGGCCAUUGGCUCCUGCUGUCUGUGCCUGGGAUGGAAACUUCUCCUAUAGGGACCUCGAUUUCCGAUCUAGUACUCUCGCGAGCAUUCUGGGCUCUCGGGGAGUCGGGCCUGAGAUGUUUGUUCCCAUCUACCUCGAUCGGUCACGGUGGACUGCCGUCGCGGCUUUAGCAGUCCUCAAGGCUGGCGCGGCCUUUGUCCUGCUCGAUAGCUCCCAUCCUCAAGGGCGACUGCGCACCGUUUGCGAGGAACUCCAAGCUUCCAUAAUUGUCACCUCAAUUAGCCAUCAAGAUGCAGCGCGAUCGCUAAUACCAAACACCGUAGUGGUUACGGAGGGUGCUAGCCCCGGAGGCUCAGGGGACUGCAAAAGCCCUCGCCGCAACCCACACCACGCUCUAUACGCUGUGUUUACCUCCGGCUCUACUGGAAAGCCCAAAGCUGCCGUUGUGGAUAAUGGAUCGUUUGUGACCAUGGCGAUUCCGUACGCUCAGAAAAUAGGGCUUGACGUGCAUUCACGCAUGCUCCAUUUUGCAUCUUAUGCCUUCGAUGUCAGUAUUCUUGAAAUUCUCGGGACACUGUUUAUCGGAGGCUGCAUCUGCAUCUUGUCAGAAUCGGAACGGAAAGAUCACCUUGCUCAGGCGGUCACACAUUUGCAGCCAUCCCAUGCAAUACUGACACCAUCUGUGCUGCGCGCAAUCACGCCGGCGGACAUGAGCUCGGUCCACAGCAUCAUGUUGAUAGGAGAACCCGUCCGCAAAAGUGACAUCCAGCAGUGGGUAGACCAAGUGCACCUUCUGAAUACAUAUGGGCCCGCCGAGUGCACGGUGGUAUUUACGAUGCAACCGUCUCUCGAUAUUAACGGCGAGGCUGCCAACAUCGGAUUCUCCAUUGCAGGUUCAACGUGGGUAACCGACCCAAGAGACCCCGGUCGGUUGGUUCCUAUCGGCGCGGUCGGUGAGCUUGUUCUGCAGGGACCACUCGUUGGCCGUGGAUACUUGAAUAAUCCAGAGCAGACUAAUGCCUCAUUUAUUACUUGCCCAUCCUGGAUGUGGGAUCAGUUAGGGCUGACGGACGAUCAACAUAUCAGCAGCCGCGUCUACCGUACAGGCGAUCUGGUGCGGUACGAGAGAGACGGAUCUCUCUGCUUUGUGGGACGACGGGACUGCCAGGUUAAACUGCGUGGUCAGCGGUUUGAGCUUGGUGAGGUGGAAGCCCAAGUGCAGCAGAAUUUCCCCGGGGAUAUAGAGGACGUUGUGGCCCAGAUCAUCACUCCUGCAGGAGUAAAAACUCCGUGUCUGGCUGUAUUCAUCGCGCUCAAAGACGAUGCUGGCCUGCUGGGACCUUCGCCUCCCACGCCAAUCAGUUCGCUGGAUGUUGUGAUACCGAUGAACUUCAGGGAGAACGUUGUGACUGUGAAGAAUCAUCUCGGAGAUGUUCUUCCAGAGUACAUGAUACCCACUAUCUUUGUGCCACUAAGACAUUUGCCCCAGACAAUUGGCGGCAAGCUAGACCGGCGGCGAUUACGAGACUCUGUCGCAACGGUUUCGCAUCAGGAAUUGAAUGCCCUUUUUGCGGCGAAGAUGCCAGAGCAGAGGCGGGCUGCUGCCACCGAAGCGGAACGCGAUCUACAGCGGAUCUGGGCGCGAGCACUGGGUAUCUCUACUGAUCGGGUUGGCGUGGAGGACAGCUUUUUCCGUCUGGGCGGGGAUUCCAUUUCCGCCCUCCAAGCCACGUCUCAGGCACGCGCGAUUGGGAUUCACCACUCAGUGGGAGAUCUAUUCCAGUGGAGGACAAUCGCGCAGGUUGCCAAGCGGUUCGCAAAGUCACAGGAGCCACGUAUUGAUUCAAGGGAUCCCAAUGUGGAGGAUGUCAUUCCGUGUACUCCGGCCCAACGAGGUAUCCUGCUGAACCAAAUGCAAUUUGAAGGACGAUACGCGGCCCACUUUAUCUGGCAUGUGACCGCACAGGGCUCGACGGUGGAUGUGGAGCGCCUGGUAAGGGCGUGGAAAGCGGUUGUCUCCCGACAUUCAGCCCUUCGAGUCAUCUUCCAGCCGGACCUGGGCGAUGAUGGUCAGUUUGAGCAGGUCCUGCUUCGUGACAUCGAGACCCCGGUGGUCAUCGUUUAUGGGGAGAAGGGCGAUGAUAAUGAAGCCUUCUACCAUUCUCAUGUGCCUAUGGCCCUCAAUGAGUCCUCUGCAAACAUAGUCUGGACUAAGGACGGUCAGUUCGUACCGCACCAACUAACGGUCUACGCCAGCACCACUGGAAGCGUCUUUUGUCGGCUAGACAUCAAUCACGUCAUCUUGGAUGGCAAGUCCUUGGACAUAUUGGAGCUCGAUCUAUGUCAUGCCUAUGAUGCGGCCUUACCCAAGGGACCCCAGCCAGAUCCGUACCGGGAAUACAUCAGAUUUGUCCAGAGGGAGCCACAUGACGAAGCCCACAAGUACUGGCAAUCGUACUUGGAGGACAUGCAGCCGUUAAAUCUUCCUCGGCCAAGAGCGACUCCAAGAUCAUCUGAGCCCUCAGCUGACUUACUGGAACGUUUGGACGUAUCUCUGAGCUGCCGCGGGGGCGAUAUCCAGUCAUUCUGUCGCUCCAGGGACUGGACCCCAUCCAAUCUCGUUUAUUUUUCCUGGGCACUAGCGCUUUCAGCCUUCGCAGGUUCCGACGACGUGUGCUUUGCAAUUUCAACCUCAGGAAGGCUGAUCCCAGUCCCUCACAUUGACGACGCCGUCGGUCAGUUCUCAAACAUGUCAAUAUGUCGCGCGCACAUGGCACCUGACCUCACGCUCAACGACGUCUCCCUUCGCAUGCAGCAGGAUUACUCCCAAAUCCUGGCCUACCAGUCGUUCCCAUUGGUGGGGAUCGCGCGUGCCGCUGGAGUUCCCAUAGAGGCUUUGGCCUCUACUGGGGUCGUUGUCCACUAUCCUCUGCCAACGAACGUCUUCGCGCCGCUCGAGACAUCCUCACUUCAGCUGACGCAACGGCAAGUGCUAGAUCCAGGCAUUCACGAUAUUGCGCUGUAUGUCGCUUUCGAAGACGACGGUCAAAUCCGAGCAGCUCUGACGCACCAUACAUCACGUGUAUCAUCCUCUCUGGCUGCUCAAUUGGCCCAGUACUUUGAUCUGGCGGUUUCAAAAAUUCUCCAAAGGCCAGAUGCGUCACUCGGCGAUUUGGACCUUCUCAGUGAACAUGAUCAACAACGUCUGCGUUACUGGAAUGGCGCGCUGCCAGACCCUUCGCCUUUCUGUAUACAUGAAAUAAUCCAACGGCGCGCCAUCCAUCAACCGAAUCACCAGGCAGUCUCAAGCUGGGACGGCGACUUCACUUACAGUGAGCUCGAUAAGCUGGCCUCAAAACUGGCUGGAUACCUCAGGAAACGAUGCAUCGGUGUUGCCCAACCUACCCCUCUCGCCUUCGAAAAGUCUUGCUGGACUAUGGUCGCUAUUCUGGCUGUCAUGAAGGCUGGCGGAACGUUCGUCCUUCUUGACACUACACAACCAAUAAGCAGACUUCAGGAAAUUUGUCACCGUCUCAACGCACCAUUUAUCCUGUCAUCUAUGGCCCAAGCAGGACUAAGCCAACGCCUUUCCAAUGAGGUCAUUGAGGUCGGCGACCAUAUGAUCCUUGACUACUGUGAUAGCAACCAUGGUGAUCUCCAUGUCAGCCAUCCCACCGACCCAGACCAGGCAGCAUAUAUAAUAUUCACAUCGGGCAGUACCGGCGCUCCUAAGGGAGUAAUGGUACCACACUCGUCAUAUACCUUCAUGGCAGAGCGGCAAAUCCAAGCAUUCUCGCUGGAUCGCUCUUCCCAAGUCUUACAGAUCUCAUCGUACGCAUUUGAUGCGUCUGUCGCGGAGAUUCUCACCACUCUGAUUGCUGGAGCCACAGUCUGCGUGCUCUCCGAAUUGCAGCAGAAUGAGAUGAUGCUGACUGGGGUGUGUCCUAUUUCGGUGUCGCACGCACUCCUAACACCAUCCAUGGCCAGCGGAUUGGACGCCGCACGAGCUUCGUCGUGGGUCCAGACCUUGAUUCUCGGGGGCGAGCCGUUGUCGGCCUCUCACGUCAAUCAAUGGGGCAAGGUCUGUCGUCUCAUCAGCAGCUACGGGUCAGCAGAAGCUGCAGUAUUGAAUACAGCAACAUCAGCCCUCCUUCCUGGUGAUGACUGUCGCAAUAUUGGGCGACCUCUCGGGGUUCAUGCCUGGGUUGUUGAUAAGUAUGACCACAACAAGCUACUUCCUGUCGGCGCCAUUGGAGAGCUCGUCCUCGUCGGAUCGCCAGUGGGCCUGGGGUAUUUGAAUGAGCAAGAAAAGACCACCGAAGCCUUCCUGCAACGAAAGCCACCUACAUGGUUGACAGCCAUGUAUUCGGAGCAACAGUUGACGCAGCUGCGGCUUUAUAAAACCGGUGAUCUUGUUCGGUACGAGAUAUCCGAUGGUUCUCUACGAUUCGAGGAUCGGAAAGAUCGACAAAUCAAAGUACGGGGACAGCGUGUGGAGCUAGAGGAUAUAGAACAUCAUGUACGGGAGUUCUUCCCUGGUGCCAACGAAAUCUUGAUCGAGCAGGUGAUGAUAUCAGAAGAGCCAUGUCUGAGCUCACCCACUGCUUCACCGACCGAGACCACUCGACGCCUGGUGGCGUGCAUUUGGGAUGGACAAGAAGACGAAAUAACCACAAAUCAGGGGCUCCUUCGUGCUCCGAGCGACGAGUUUUCUAACAUCGCUGCCGCUACUCUGCGACAGCUUCGGGAGGUUCUUCCUGGUUACAUGGUCCCGGAUUUCUUCGUCUCCAUCGCCCAGCUGCCGCGAACAGCAUCGGGGAAGACGGACAGACACCAGUUAAGCAAGGCAAUCCAGAAUAUCCCACCGAUGGAAUUGCGGGCAUAUUCUGCUGCACAGAGAAAUAAGCAGCCCUUACAGAGUGAGACGGCAGUCAUUCUACACGAUAUCCUCACUGGACUGCUAGACAUAGCCCACGAGACAGUCGGUGCAGAUGAGAGCUUUUUCCAUCUUGGCGGUGACUCCCUUCUCGCAAUGAAGAUUGCGGCCAACUCCCGUGCACGAGGCAUGGAGAUCAGUUCACAAGAUGUGCUCCGGCAUCCGACCAUUGCGGAGUGGGCUGCCAUUGUCGAUGCGCAUCAAGAAAACACGCAUUUCUCCCAGGAGUACGCUCCAUACUCAGCGGUCACCGAGAUUGAACGAGCAACCAUUCUCUCCACUUAUGCAGAGAAAGGCGAUUCAUUCCUUGGAGAUAACGUGGCCGAUAUUUUGCCGACAGUGGGGUUCCAAGCAUACUAUAUUACCCACUCAUCGCCAGUGUCCACAGCCCAAGCUUUCCCGACGGGUGUGGACAUUGACCGACUCCGUAUGGCAUGCAGAAGAGUCAUGUCGCACUACAGUAUUCUACGAACGGUCUUUGUGGGUCUCGAUGACCGCAUGUUCCAAGUCAUCCUGCAGGAGGUUGAGCCGGUAUUCGAUAUCGUCGAAAGUGACGACCCCGAAGCGUAUAUUACCCAUGAAUCUCAGAAGCAGACAUCGCCAUCCACACCCCAGGCCUUGUUGCCGAUGAGCUUCAGCGUUGUUACAAGCCGCAGCGGCCCAGGUUGCAUCUUCAUCCUUCGCAUCUCGCAUGCCCAGUAUGAUGGUGGCUCGUUGCAUUUGCUGUGGCAGGCCAUCGCAGCGGCUUAUGAGGGGAAAGUUCUGCCAAAGUCGGUACAGUUCAGUGAGAUAGUUUACAAUCGGUUGAGUCGUACAAACGACGAAGCAUUCUCGUUUUGGAGCAAGUAUCUUCAGAACGCUACUGCCGCCACGAUCAAUCCUCUUCGCAUCACCCAGACCCCCGUGUCUCAGCAGAACAAUGGUACAGACAUUACCAACGUGAGACGAGAUAUCACACGGUCCUCUUUCAUUGCGGAGAUUACAUGCUCAACCUUGGUGAAAGCGGCAUUGUUAUGGAAUCUGUCAGACCGCGGCCUACAACCGGAUGUUAUCUUCGGCCAGGUCGUUCACGGACGCGGCUGUCCCAUCCCGGACGUGGACAAGGCUCUCGGGCCUUGUGUCAACCUCGUGCCUCUCCGCGUCGUGAUCAACCCCCACUGGACUAUUCUAGAUCUCCUACGCCAUACCCAGGCCCAGCAGCUGGAAACGCUCUCAUACGACUAUCUCUCAGUCAAAGACAUCAUGCGGAAGUGCACUGACUGGCCGAGCAGCUCGAAGCUCGGUUUCAUCGUCCACCAUCAGGGAGCCGACGCUACAGGUUCCUUCGAGAUGGCCGGUCUCCGUGCUUCUUCCAGCUCCAGUUGGGCAAACUCGAGCGUCGAGCCAGGUCAGGUCGGCGUCGUAUCGAUGGAGCGCGGAACUAGCCUCGACAUCAUGAUCACCGCGACUAGGGACACGUUGGAACAGUCGAAAGCGGAGCUGCUCGCAAAUGAGCUUGUUGAGACCAUUCAAUGGUUUUCCGAAUUCCCAGACCACCCUGUUUCAGACUUAACAGGGGAAAUCAAUAUUCUUGGGGAGGUCUAG